AUGACCCCGAAACUGGAGCGCGUUCUCAACACAAGCUUCUUCUGCUUCAUCGCCCUCAUCCUCUUCUGUCUGAUACUCCUUACCCCGGCAGACGCCAUCUACCAAUGCUGGGAGACCAACCAGCUCACCGAUAUCUUCUUCAUAACCGGCGCCUAUGUCAUCACCUUUAUUCUUGCCGUCCUCAUCUACUCGACCCGAAUAUACACAAACAGAAGUACCUUGGCUGGUAUCCCGAAAGCAUGGAUCCCCGUGGAGAAGGAAGACGUUAGCAAGAGCGUCCGCCGCAUGGUGAAAGAGGGACUUGCUCGUAGCGCAGUUGUCGCAUACCAAGCUCGACCGCGAGAUACCUCAGGAGAAGUAGACAGCUUUCAGAAUUACGAGCCUCUUCUGAUCGACCCCAAGCGGCCGCCAUGGGGCCGUGUGGAGCACCCCGGCUGGUCGUCGCCCGCUUCACCUGACUUGCCGGACUUGCCCUACCGAACCGUUAUUCGGGAAUUACCCAACUUGAUCGAAGCGAAAGCAGUUUCACUGGCGCCUUCCGAUACUCUCUCUGCUGCACCAGAUGCCUUUGGCCCGGUCGACGACCUGGACCCUCAGUAUCUACCAGAUAUGCGUGUAGUGGAAGAGCUACGGCGACCAGCUUCAAUGGGAUUACGGCAAUACAUCCGCCAUCUCACGUCCUUGGGAGCUAUUGAACCCCCGGAACUCGGCCCUAAUUUUCUUGCACUCUACGAACGGGCUCGUUUCUCCUCCCAUCAGCUCCACGAGUCCGAGUUUCGUGACUUGAUGCACUUGUUUGCGGAGAUCCUCAGAGGCAUGACAUCCCUUGCUACUCCUAUCAUGGAUGAAAUCCGCGACAGCGUGAGCUAUCGCCGUGCAGAUAGCGAGUCAAUGAUUGGGCCAUCGGACGAGGAGGGGGAGACGGAUACCGUGGACCAUUACGGGUACGAUGGUACAUUCACACCGAUGCGGAGUAACAGCCUCCGGCCUUCUAAUACAUCAACUUGGGAGACCCAAUCGGGGUACGAUACUGCGCCAGGGGUACAGAGCCCAUACUCUGGGGUGUCACAGGAGAGCGGGUCUUAUUUGGGGCGGGGACUCCGCACCCCGUCGACUCGAUCACUGCGACGUUUGCCCUCCGGACAAUCCGGCAGUUCUGGAGGAAGUGUGAUUCGGCUGUCGCAGCCACAGGAUCGGGGCAAUCUACCGUAUACAAUCACCUAUGCUGGUCGUAGGGAUAUUUGA